AUGGCGACCAAAGAUCAUACCACAUCAUACAGCCAGAUCGCCUGUAUCGGCGCUGGGCUGUCUGCAACAGCCUUAGGAGCAACGCUGAAAAGAUGGUAUAAAAUCAAUGAUAUAAGAUUCUUUGAACGACGACCUGCUUUCGGCGGUACAUGGGAGGCAAACACAUAUCCGGGAUGCGGCUGUGACAUUCCCAGCGCUCUUUAUAGCUUCUCUUUUGCUCUCAAUCCCAAUUGGACGAAGCUGAUGGCGCUGUCCGAGGAGAUAAGAGAGUAUAACGAAGGUGUUGUCGAUGCUUACGAUUUGCGCCACCGCAUAUCACUCUCUACGGAGGUGCUUAAAUGCGCCUGGCAGGAGGACUGCUCAAGAUGGCUUCUCUUCCUAAGGGAUGUCAACAGCGGACGGGAGUUCACGCACGAAUGUCAGGUGUUGUUCAGCGCAGUUGGCCUGUUAGUGAAGCCUCGACAUUGUAAUAUCCCCGGAAAGGCCUCGUUCAAGGGGCACAUCUUCCACUCUUCAAGAUGGAACCACGACGUAUCCCUGGAAGGGAAGAAUGUCGUCGUCAUCGGAAAUGGAUCUUCAGGCAGCGCAACACAGCUCGUCCCUGCAAUUGCAAACGAAACCAAGUCGCUUACGCAGAUUGUGCGCUCAAAACAUUGGCUAGCACCGCCUAUCAACUUCAAAUACCCUCCGUCUGUACUCUGGGUAUUGCAGAACGUCCCCCUGGCUCUGCGUCUCCAACGAUUUAUGGUCUAUCUUUUGGCAGAAAGUGUAUUUCCGAUGUUUGAAAUGACAGAGAAAGGGAGGAAAUUACGCGAGAAGAAACGAACCAUAUCAGAAAAUUAUAUGAAGAAGACGGCCCCCGAAAAAUAUCAUGAUAUGCUCAUCCCGGAUUUCGAAAUCGGCUGCAAGCGCCGAAUAUUCGAUUCCGGAUACCUUGAAACCCUUCAUAACGAGAAUGUACUACUCACAGAUAAGAAGAUUGAGCAAAUUGUUCCGGAUGGGAUCCAAACAAGCGACGGAUUCAUCCCGGCCGACGUCAUCGUUCUGGCUACUGGGUUCGAUACGAGCGACUAUAUGAAGGAAACCAUGAAUAUCUUUGGCCGUGGGGGUAAAUCCGUCAGCGAACACUGGGCCGAAUAUGGUGGCCCCGAAGCAUAUAAUUGCUCUGCUAUGCAUGAAUUUCCCAACUUCUUCAUGUUGCUUGGGCCGAAUUCCGCAACCGGCCAUACUUCAGCUCUGAUGGCUACCGAAAACUCCGUGAAUUAUGCUCUCCGCAUCCUCAAGCCCGUUCUCAAGGGUGACGCCACUUCCGUCGAAGUAAAGCAAGAGGCCGAACGCGACUACGCCAACAAGGUCCAGGCCGCUCUUCAGAAUACUGUCUUCCAUACCGGUUGCAAAUCGUGGUAUACAAAUGACAAGGGAUGGAAUGGCACAACGUACCCCUGGCGGCAGUCCUACUACUGGUAUCGAAGCUUAUUCCCUUGCUGGUCAGAUUGGGAUAUCAAGGGCCCUCCGAAGAAGUCCUGGGGGAGCUGGCUUUUUGGUUCUAAUGCUGGUGAUUCCCAUGCUGGUGACAUGGCAUGA